UGUUUCUCUAUCCGUGAGAAGACCAAGCUGGUAUUUUAACAAAAUGAGGACAUGUAAUAAAGAGAGGAGACAAAGAGGAAGUUUUGACAAACUGAAGGCAUUUUGGUAUUUUAAUAGAGAGAGGAUCAUUUUCACAAAGCCAGGACACUUUACAAUUAGUGUCCUCACAAGGUUAGGAAAAACAUUUGCUUGUUCGUAAUGAUCUAAACAUCCUGAUGCUUUCUAAAUAUUAUUAUAACACACAGCCGUAGUGUACCCAGUAACUUUUAUUAGAACCUCUUAAGAAAGUUGAAGGGUUUUAAUGUAGACAAAUCUAUUUAAAAAAUUUUUUUUGUCUUUUAUUGAGUUAAUUGAAACUUUUACAAUGAUCUGUCAGUGCAUUGCUAACAGAAGAGGCUGGGAAAUUUAGUUAAGCUUUGCCAAAAGAUGGUUAGCAUUGACUUGAAAGAUAUUGGCACCAUGUUUAUCAGAUAAGAGCCACUCAGACGGCCAAGGCCACCCUGGACUUUCACUGUCCAGGAAUGAGAUUCACAUUAUGCCAGGUGGGACAAAUCAAACAGAUAUCUAAGGAUGUGAUGUGUAGAGCCUGUGUUGACUUCUGUUACAAACCAAAGUCACUGAAAUGCACGACUGUAGUAUAUUACUGUUGUACUCUGUGCAGGUCUGGACUGACUUGUGUUGUGGUCUGUGCAGGUCUUGACUGACGUGAUCUGUGCAGGUCUUGACUGACUUGUGUUGUGGUCUGUGCAGGUCUUGACUGACUUGUGUUGUGAUCUGUGCAGGUCUUGACUGACUUGUGUUGUGGUCUGUGCAGGUCUUGACUGACUUGUGUUGUGAUCUGUGCAGGUCUUGACUGACGUGGUCUGUGCAGGUCUUGACUGACGUGGUCUGUGCAAGUCUUGACUGACUGUGUUGUGGUCUGUGCAGGUCUUGACUGACUGUGUUGUGGUCUGUGCAGGUCUUGACUGACUUGUGUUGUGGUCUGUGCAGGUCUGCGGGCAUUCCAGUUGAAGAGAUCCUGUAACUUCACCACCCUCAAUGAGAAGCAGUUAAAGGAGAUCCGGGCUCCAAUCACAGUCCUGUACCUGCCGAUGCUGUACCUGCUGGCCUUCAGUGUGGGUCUGCCUUCCAACAUGCUGGCUCUCUGGGUCCUGGUCUUCAGGACCAAACCGCAGCCAUCCACCACGCUGCUCAUCAACCUGACGGUGGCAGACUGCCUGCUGUUGCUUGCUCUGCCGUUUCGGAUCGUGUACCACUUCCGGGGGAAUCAUUGGGAGCUGGGUGAGGCGUCCUGUCGAAUUGUCAUGGCGAUGUUUUAUGGGAAUAUGUACGGAUCCGUGCUGUGUCUGGCCCUGGUGGCUCUGGACCGCUAUAUCGCUUUGGUUCACCCGUUUGGCGCCAAGACUCUGCGCAGCCGACGCACGUCUCUGUACAUGACAGCAGCUGUGUGGUUGGCGGUCCUGGGGGCCAUGCUCCCCCUGCUGUUGUCCCAGCAGACCUACGUCCUGGAUGAGCCAAGGAUCACCACCUGCCAUGACGCGCUGCCAGAGGAGGAGCAGGAGAACUACUUCCUGCCGUACUUCGCCACCUUAUUCACGGUCUGCUUCCUGCUGCCAUUCCUGGUUGUGGUGUUCUGCCACGCCGCUGUGCUGCGCACCCUGAUGGCUGAGGGGAAGCGCUAUGGUCAUGCGGUGCGAGUGACAGUGCUGGUUCUGCUGGUCUUCAUUGUGUGUCUGUUGCCCAGCAACCUCCUCCUGCUCCUAACGUAUGCCAACACCUCAUUUGACGGAGACGGAGAGGACAUCUAUGUUCCCUACAUGGUUAGCUUAGCUAUUAGCACCUUCAACAGCUGCAUCGACCCCUUCAUAUUCUACUUUGUGUCUGUGGAGUUCAGGGAAAAGGCGAGGGAUGUGCUGUGCUGCCGCAAAAACACUAAAUCAUCAAACCAUGUGUCAUACUCUUCAUCAUCUUCAUCAUCAGGCCUGAGGUCAAAGGUCACCCUUUUGUCCAGGUCCAGCCGGAGCGACGUCUGAGAAGGGCCCACUGUUACCUGCCGACACAUCAAACUGAUCACAUCACAACAUGACGUCACAGCUGUUGGACUUCCUGUAUAUGUGUUUAUAUGCAGGAAGAAUUGGUAUCUGAUCACUUGAUUGAUUUAAUAAUUUUAUUAUAACUUCAGUUUAUUCACAUUUAAAUUUAAAACAAAUAUUCACUCAAAAGUUAUUCUGCUGUUCUGUAAAAAAAGACUCAAAGAUUCAAAGUAAAAUACAGAAAUGAUCAUUAUAAACAUAGUUAAGAUCUGUAGACUCUGAUGAGUCCUUCUCCGUUUGAACAGAUUUUAAAAUAAAAAUGUUUUACCUCC